UCUCCUUCCUCCAGACACACAAACUCCGUGACUUCACCACCAUUGCAUCGCCGUACCGACGAGCCUCUCUCUCGACUGGAAACCUCCGCCGUUGAGCAGUAGGAUAUUUUGCCGCCAUGAAACUGAAACUGGGGAGACGAGGGGACUGCACCUCUGCGGGCAGAGUUACGGCACACCUCCUCUUAUCGUUUCUCGCAAUAUCGCCGACACUAGCUUCCGUUGGGGAGACAGCAAACAACGAAGAGGCGGCCCUCCGCCCCGGACCACUCCUGCCGCCCAGCACCCAACAACCUGCCUCGGCCGAACACCUCUUUACACUGCGGCACGUCUUCCACCACGGCACGUAUCGGCAUCCCCAGCUGCACAGGAGGAAGGAUGUUCGCCACUCGGACGGCGUCGACAGCCAGGUCUGGCUGGCCGAGGAGGACGGCUUCAACAGGGAGAAGGUGCUGCCCCUCGCCGUCCAGAGUGCGCCGCUGAAGAUCGAGCGCAUGGUCGACCGUCGUCCGUCCGUCGUCGAUCCGAUGGUCACCGAGGCUCGACAGCGCGGCUAUGUUAACAUCAUGUCGCCGUCCGACUGGACCCUCGAUGAGGUUCCCGGACCCAACAUCACCGAUAGAGCCACCGUCAUCAGCCUAGCGAUCAUGGCUGCGAACGCGUACAUUGAAGAGGAGGGCCAGGCCGACUGGGAAGAGGUCGGCGGUCCGUACAACAGAAGCGCCGACUUUGGAUGGGAAACCGAUGGGCUGCGCGGCCACAUCUGGGCAGACUCGACAAACUCCACGGUCGUGAUCGGGCUGAAGGGCACCUCGACCGCCAUCUUUGACGGAGAAGGGACCACCACGAACGACAAGGUCAACGACAAUCUGUUCUUCAGCUGUUGCUGUGCGCAGCAGGGACAAUGGAGUUGGCAUCAAGUGUGCGACUGCGCCACGUCGACGUACUCGUGCAACAACACGUGCGUUGUGCAAGCACUCCAGGAUGAGCACCGAUACUACACGGCGGCGAAGGAGCUGUACUCGAACGUCACGGAGCUGUUCCCCGACGCGAACAUCUGGCUGUCGGGCCACUCGCUCGGCGGCGCUGUCAGCUCCCUCCUGGGCCUGACCUAUGGCCUCCCCACCGUCACCUUCGAGGCCGUCCCGGAGGCGCUCGCCGCCGGCAGACUCGGUCUUCCCGUGCCGCCCGGUGCGGACCAGGUGGUUCAUCAGGCCCGCCAGAACACCGGUGCGUACCACUUUGGCCACACGGCGGACCCCAUCUACAUCGGCACCUGCAACGGGGCCACUGCGACGUGCUCUUUCGCCGGCUACGCUAUGGAGUCGGCCUGCCACACCGGACUGAGGUGCGUCUACGACGUCGUGGCCGAUAAGGGCUGGCGAGUCGGCAUCGGAACUCACAAGAUUCGGUCCGUGAUCCACGACGUCAUCAUGAAGUACGACAACGUGCCCGAGUGCAAGGGCUCUCCCGAAUGCCGCGAUUGUGCGAACUGGAAGAUGUAUGAGAGCAACGGCACCGACACGACCACAACGUCUCGGUCUUCAACGACCUCGAAGACGCGUACGCGGACAGCAACCUGCCAGACACCAGGCUGGUGGGGUUGCUUGGAUGAGACGACUACUCCAAUCACGGCCACGACCACGACCACGACCUCGACCACGUCGACCUGUAAGACACCCGGAUGGUUCGGUUGCAAGGACAAGACUACGACGACGACGACGACGACCACCACCACCACGACUACGUCUUCGACAACCACCAGCGCGACCACCACCACCUGUCUGACCCCUGGAUGGUUUGGAUGCAAGGACAAGAUCACCUCGACCAGCAGCACGUCUUUACUGCCUGGUUCGACGCCAUCUCACGGCAUCACUGCCGCUCCCACGGCAACCCCUACAUCAGCGCCUACGAAGGCGCCUCCGUCGGACCCUCACUGCCGUAGGAGGUCCUGGUUUGGAUGGUGCAAGAAAUGGAGCCAGGGCAGCGAGAGCAGCAGCGAGGAGCUGUGAGGAGCUGUGAGGUUGGACGGGCACGCGUGUUUACUGUUACUGGGUUUGCUCUUCUUUUUUGUUUUGGGACUGGACGGAUAUGGGAGCAUUGCAUGAUUCAUUAGCAAACGGCGUCUGGCCACAAGAUACACACAUAGCGGUCGGCUCAUAAGUUAGCCGGCCUCCAAUUCACAACACCAAUUUAUUGGGUUUUAAACUGGACUCAUCAGGGAAAGAGAAAUAGUAGAGUUAGGGGGUCCGGAUGUAAUCAAGGUUGACGGACGGAAUGAACUACAUUACCUGUCACUGGCUCAGGUUUGAGGUGCAACGGCACACGUGGACUUGCAGCCCUUAAGCCAAGCCCCACUAAGAACCCGGCGCCGCUGGCCGCCGCCCGCUAAAUCCCGAUUCACCUGGUCUGGUGCCUGUCGGGGAGUCCCUGGGAAGCAUGAACGGUUAGACGUCACCACUGCUGUGACGGCCGCCACCUUUCCAGAAUUUUUCCCCCCCUCCGAGCUGCGACGCGUCUAACGCUUGCAUUUUCCCAAGACGAAGAGAGAAA